AUGUUACACCCACAGCAAAUGCAGGAGCAACAACAACAGCAACAGAAUGCACAAAAUGCAGCUACAAUACCUGAACAUUAUGAAAUGGAAUAUAUUCAAAGAAAUAAUAAAACUAUACAACUUUGUCAAAUACCAAUAUCAAUUUUAGGAGGAGGUAUAGCAGGUGUUAUAGGAUUUUCAGGUUUAUCAGGAUUUUUAUUUUAUUUCUUUGUAUAUAUAAUAUUUUGCUCAUUAUUUGCAUUAAAAGAGAAAAAGAACCUUCAUCUUUAUUUCCCAAAUCCAAGAUCAAUUUGGUUCGAUAGUGUUGGAGGUGGUUUAAUGUCAUAUAUUUUAUUUUGGACAUUUUUAUAUAAUAUAAUUCAUAUAUAUUAA